AUGUUUUUGCGUUUGGCACAUAUUUUUUUGCUUGCCUUAAUGGGUAACUAUGUUGCCCAAGUGUACGCCGAAGAAGCUAAAUAUGAUAUGCGACCCAUAGUUAUCCGAGUUAAUGAUAAUGGUGGAUCGCUUCCACGAGAUAUGAUGAGUCAUCGCUUGACCAGGGAUAUGAGCCCGGGUGAAUUCAUUGGGGGUUUCACCGGAUCAUGCCUGUCCACAUUUUUCAUUCACCUAAUAGAUUGCUUUGUAGAUGUCAUAAAAAGUUGUACUGAUGGAAAAGGUAAGAAGGCCGAGACCUCAGCUAAGGAGGCCAUCAGCGAUAUACCCUAUAUGUUUAUGGAGAAGGCAAUCGAUAGGAACGAGGAAACUCAUUUCCGAAAGAACACAGUCCACAAGGACAACAAAGAUGAGGAAAUCACUAUUGACCUCAACAAAAAGCAUAGCCACAAGAAAACUAUAAAAACUGGACCUCAGCCUCCCAAGGAUCAGACAUAA